AUGGCCGCAUCGGCCACCCUCGCGAACCCCUCCAAAACCCAGGCGAAACAAAUCGCUAACCCACGCCGGCUUCUCAUCCUCUCCCCACCAUACCAGUCAACCUCUAUAAUUCCUCAAUUCCUACACUCUCUUACCGGUGUUCCGGUUGAAAAUCCUCCUCAAGCUGGAUCCGCGCAAGCCUCGCAAGAUGCUACCCCCGAUGACCCCGGUUCCGAUACCCCUCACACAUCGCAGACGUCGUUUGCGGGGUAUACGACGCAUAGUCCUCUGCGGCUAGAUACGAAAUAUUACACUGCUGAUGUUCCUGUUUGGGUUGAUGAGGUACCUCUUCUUGUAGAGGGGGAUUCGCAAUCUACAGAGUCAGGGUCAGAGUCUAAGAGUGCGCCUGCGGAAAAGACUGAGCGGGGAACUGGUGCUGGUGCUGCGCAAUGGCGCGCUGAGUUUAUGAGCGAUGAAGCCCAGAUUGUUCGAGAUGCCGUUGGUGCUUUGAUGGUUUGUGUGACAAAUCCUGGGGCCGAGGAGCGUACUUCUACAGAACCAGGUUCUAGACCUGAUGUUCUUGCUUUGCGGGAUUUUAUGCGUGAUAUUGGUGAUGUGAAAGGGUGUAUUGAUGAGGAGCGUGGGGGUGUGGGAGAUGUACCUGGUGUGUUUGUUCUAGUUGGUGCUGUUAAGAGUGGGAUUCCUGAAUCCAAGUCUACGUCCACCGCUGGCAUUGGCGAGCCUGAUGAAUUGAGACUUGGACUUGAUGAGGGCUUGGACGGGGUAGAAGAUGAGCCGUUCUCGGCGGGGUGGUGGGAGGACCAGUUGUUUGAUUGCGGGUUAGUUGGGUGGGAGGUUAUUGAGUGGGAUCCUAGGAUGGAUGGUGGUGAGAAGACGAGGAAUAAAUAUGGAGAGUAUGAGGGUAUGCCGCGUAUCAAGGAAGUCCUCGAGACGCACGACUGGACAGCAUCGGGAGACUUGGGUGCCCUUGAAGAUCAGGAUCCCGAUUUCGGAUUCGAUGAUGAAGAUGAUCUGGAGAGUGAACUUCUAGGCUUUGGUAGAUCCUCACAUACCCGAGGUUUCGGACAGGAGGUUCAAGAGUUAGAGCGUGAGAUGUUAGGUUUGCGCAUGGCGAUUGAACGUGGUGGAGGAGAUGGCGAGGAAGACGACGCCGAAGAUGACGGUGAAGAAGUCAAGGUUGAGUCUAUGGAAGCGCUUAUGAUGCGUGUGCAGGCCAUACGAGAUAUGGGAGCAGAUUUGCCGGAGAACGAGCGGAAGAAAUUCGCUGCCAAGGCUGUUAAUGAUCUUAUGCGUGACUUAUAG